AUGACGGCACCACUUGGAUCUUUAAUCCCCCGGCAGCCCCCCCACUUCGGCGGUAAAUGGGAGGCCGCAGUCAAAUCGGUCAAGCAUCACCUACGACGGACUAUAGGCGAGACUGCCCUAACCUAUGAAGAACUUACAACUCUUCUGGUCCAAAUCGAGGCAGUCCUCAACUCUAGACCAUUGUGCCCACUGUCAGAUGACCCGGAAGACCUGGCAGCCCUCACUCCCGGGCAUUUCAUCAUCGGAGCAGCGCCAACAACAAUUCCUGAGCCAUCUCUCACCUCAGUGCCUCUCACAAGGCUGUCUCGGUGGCAGCUCAUUCAGCAGCAACUCCAACACUUCUGGUCGCGUUGGUCAGCUGAAUGUCUUCAACGUCAGCUCGCAAUAUCAAAAUGGCAUCAUCCCUCCACGCAAAUCAAGGUCGGCUCUCUUGUACUUCUCACGGAUGAGAGAUUCCCUCCAUCAAAAUGGCUUCUUGCUCGGGUCACACAACUUCAUCUUGGUUCGGACGGUCUAUGCAGAGUGGUCACCCUCAAGACGGCCACCACAGAACUCAAGCGGCCUAUCACCAAGUUAGCAGUGCUUCCGAUGACACCAGAUCAACCCUCACUCACAAGGCAAUCAACUACUGAUCCGGCCUCACCAUCAUCAAGAUCAUAA